AUGAGCGCCUCUGGCCCUCCGCGCGAGCCGUCGAGAGCGUCGGACAGGACCUGCAUCGUCGUCGGCGCAGGCGCCGCUGGGCUAUCGUGCGCGCUGCGGCUGCAGCAGCAUGGGGUCCGUGUGACGCUUCUCGAGGCGGCGGAUCGAGUUGGCGGCCGCUGCUUGACCACUUCGGUGGGCGACCUUGGCGUGUUUGAACUCGGAGCACAGUGGUUCCACGGUCAGAAGGGAAACCCAGCCUUUGCGCUCGCCGAGUCGCUCGGCCUCACGCCGCAGACACCAAAGCGACGCGCCACGACGCCACGACACCUCCGCAGCGACGGGCGGCCAGCGAAUGCAGACGUGAGCUUGCCACUGCCCUUUGGCGGCACCGCGCUCGCGGCACACACACACCCCACUCCCAUGCACGUGUCUCGAACACCCGAUGGCAUGUGUGUGCGUAUCCAGGUGGUGCGGUCGGCGAGCCGUCUCCUCUUUGAGACGGUCUCCGAGCUAGAGGCGGGCCGCGGCGGUGCGCACGCCUCGGUCGGCGCCGCGGUGCGUGCCGCUUGGGAGGCUGCGCGGCCCGGCCUCCUCGCGAGCCACGGCGACGGAGCCCUGCUCGACGCGGCGUGGGAGGCGGCCGAGAAGCUGCAGUGCGCCAUCGACGGCUGCGGCGACCUGGCCGACGAGUGCGCGGGCGUCGCGUACGCCAGCUACGACGACUUUGACGGCCGACACGUCCCGUCGCGUCCGGACCUCGGCGGCUUCUCAAAGGCGUUGGAGGCGCUGGCCGCACCGCUGCGCGCGAGCGGCGCGCUGCUGCAGGGGCGGGCGGCGCGAGCGGUGCGCUGGGGCGACGCUGUCGAGGGCGGCGGCGUCGAGGCGAGGGCGGGUGCGAUGCGGCACUUUGCGUGCGGCGCGGUGGAGAAGAUCUUCGUGAGCGUGGAGCGGCGCCGACCGGAGGCGGAGGAAGGGGGGGAGGGGGAGCUGCCCUCCCUGCACCUGCUCUGGACGGAGCCGGCCCGCGGCUCCACGGCGGACCCCCUCGCCGGCGGCUGGACGCGAGGCUUGUACUCGCUGCACCGCGCCGACGCCUCGAGCGGCGAGGGCGCCGCGGCCAGCUUGCCGAGCGGCUGGUCCCGGAGCCGGUGCGUGCUCGUUGGCUGGCUGACGGGGGAGAGCGCGCGCGCCGUGAGCGGGCGGCCGUCGCGCGAGCUGCUGCGCGAGCUCGAGGCGGGGCUGGCGCCCUUUUGGAGGCUGCUGCCGUCGUGGCGGCCUGUGGCGGUGCACGCCACCUCGUGGACCGCGAACCCCCUCUUUGGAGGCAGCUACUCAUACCCGCGCCCCGCGGCGCCCGCCGACGCCGCCGAUCGACUGGCUGCGCCGCUCGUCUGCGGCGGGCUCCCGACCGUUUGCUUUGCGGGCGAGGCGACGCACACUCGCUGCUUUGGCACGGUGGCCGGCGCGAUGCUUUCGGGCGAGCGCGAGGCGGAGAGGCUGCUGACCGCCUGGGAUAUGCAUGUGGAGGACCCAGAGGGCUCAAGGCACUUGGAGCACUUGGAGUGCAGGCGAAGCAUAUUUUGA